UCACUUGCGAACGACAUAUCACUAUUACGUAAUCUGUGGGAAUGAGAGAACCGCUGAUAAAACGUGGCAGACUACGUGGAAUCUUGAUAAUCGCUAAUAAAUUGAGUUGCUGGGCCAGUAGCCGCUAACGUCGAUUGAUUUAUAUUUAUCAAGAUGGCCGCCGCUGAGAAUCGAGAUGUCACUGUGGUCAUGGCUUCUCCUCCACUUCGUACCUUACUGGUCGUGAUGAUAGUGAAGAUCGCUGCUGCUGCUGGUUCCCCACUGGUGAUAACAGUGACAACACAAGAACUGAUGCCCUGCCGUGAUAACAACAAAGUUUGUGUCACCAGUACCACAGUCUGUGGUCUCCCACUGACGUCCAUGCAGAAAGAUGUGGAUCUCUCGUGUUAUACGGAAAACAAAUACACAUCCAUGACGUGUGUGCUGAGUCUAGACACAAACCCUCUCUCUCCACCUGAUGUCACUGUCGUCUUGAAGAGUAGUGCGAGAUUUUACGACUGCACGGUCAUCAAAUUGAAAAACUUAAACGUCACAGCCCACAUCAAGAACAGAAUGAAUGGCAAGGAGAUUAUAUCUCUGUCUCACACCAGGAUUUCGAGCGAUACAGUCAAACCUCUUCAGCCUCAAGUGACUGUCCGCAACACAACUGAGAACUCUUUUGCCGUGUCAUGGACCAGCAGCCCUAAUAUGGAAUGUCGACUUCGCUUCCGAGCCAACAGCAGCCUUCAUUGGUCUCAGGCACCAGGUUAUGUUUCUACAUAUCAAAAACAAAUACCAGUUUACUCAAUUAAAAACCUUCUGCCCUACACCACCUACAAAGCAGCUGUGGCCUGCAGAGGCAGUGUCUGGAGUGAAUGGAGCUCUGAUGUCACCGUAAGGACACGGGACAAAGUACCCUACAGGUCCCCAGAAGUUUUUUACCAAACGGAGAAGACACAUUCUGGAUCUCUUCUCCUUCAUCUCAUGUGGAAGAUUCUUACAGGACCUCCAGGAUCGCCUCGCAUUCUGGGCUACCAGGUGGUCUACGAGCUGUUGACCGCACUGCAUCCCGGGGGCAAGCUUAUUCUCAAUGUUACGGAUUUGACACAAGUCCUGGAGGUGAAAGAGGGGCGUUGCACGGUCACCGUCGGAGCUUUCAACACAGCCGGCUAUGGGCCCACGACACGUCUCGACAUCGACACUCGAGGACGGAAGAAUCUUUCUCCCGUCAGAAACCUGUGGGUUUCAAGUUUUUUCCCUGUGAAGAAAAGUCUGCUGGUCCAAUGGAAAUCCUCCUGGGACCUGACCUCUGACCCACAGUUGAGUCAUCUGGUCAUGUGGCACUACGAAAACCAACCAUCAACCAAGCGCUUGGCCAUGGUGGACGCCUCCGCCAACGCAUCCUUCGUCAUAGAAGGUGUUGACCUGGACGCGACCUACGUCAUCAGUGUGGCCACAGUUGAUCAGCAGCAGUGUGGACCUCCUCAGUCUCUGUCUGCCACUCUGCAGCUGGGAGCUCUGUUGGAGGUGGGCGAUCUCAUGGUGGUCGCUGUGAACAAAAGGUCAGUGACCGUCCAGUGGGCGUGGCAGAAGAAGUCCACCUCAGACAAAGUGGGCAGUUACCGACUAGAGCUGAUGGAUAUCCCGCCGAGGCAACAGAAGCCCCACGUUCUGUUGCUGUGGCCGGACGACGCUCACCGUCACACGUUCACCAGCCUGUCGCCUAACACCCUGUAUUAUCUCCACCUACUGGCGGGCGACGAUUCCAAGGACAUCAAGACCAUCACAACAGAGUUUGAUUACAUUCAGCUGGUGGUGACUCUGCUCCUUCUUGCCGUCUGUCUGUUCAUUGUGUGCAUCCUGUCCAGAACUGUGUACAAGAUCUACUUUAUUUCCUACAUCUCUAGCCCACAAAACAGCAGAACAGGACAGUGGCUAAUGGAGAAAAACCACCAGCAGGAGAUAUCGAAGGGACACAUCAUGGAUAUGAAGGACUUUGAGGUGACGAAGAAGAGUGUCGUCGUGGACAGAUCUUCAACUUUAUUGCUACGCCUUUCGUCGCUAGACCUACUCGAAGACACCGCUCUGCUGCCUCCCCCCUGCUGUCACACUGUCAUUACAUCUGACUCGGAGUAUGUUACCGAAUCUUGGCCUACUGCAGAAAAACCACCAAGCUACCGUCCAGACCUGGAGGUGAACGCCGACCAGUCCUGCAGUUUGACGUCCGAGAAGACAGAAGCCAACAUGUCUCUGCAGGUUCAGGUGGACAAAGCUUACAUCGCUUUUCCUCAGAAAGAACCAAACAAUAUUCAGCUUGACCUCCAGGGGUCACAACAGACGUCUCUACAACAUCCCGGAGGUGGAUCCCUGAUUUACGAGUCUGUGUUCAACUCUUCAUUCCUGGGGGAAAGUGUUCAUGAAGAUGCGCCUGGACAGACAGUGUCUCCUCCUAUGGUCUUGGAGACCGAUUAUAUUGCCAACAGUUGCCUUGGUGUUGAGGCUUCUAUGAAGAUGGAUCCAGAGGAUACAACACAUUAG